GCUUUCCGUGAACGCGACUGUAGUUUUGACGUUCAUAAACCGUGUGAUGCUGAGGGGACAGCGUCCUUUUGUUUAGGAUAAUAGUCUGCUUCCUGAUACUUUCAUCAUGCCAGAUCAAUACAAACGGGCUUCAAAGUUCGCAAAAGGCGGGCGGUACGGGCCAGAGCUCGUCACGCAAUCUUGUGCUCCGUAUGUGACGCUUGGUUAUGUAUAGACGACAAUCUCCUAGUUCACAUGAUCUACGCCCUUAUGGCUCGCUAGGCGGGGUAUCACUGCUUUCACUCGGCGAUUGCCAUGCGUGUGAGCUCGUCGCCGAGCCAGCGAUGGCUGGGAGCGCGGCAGCUGUGGUCGCGCUUUCCUUUUACGCUAAUUGCGCGUGCUGGUUUUGUGGCGUUGUUGGCGCACACAGCAGCCCUCGGCGCUCUUUCAACAGGAGCUGUUCUGCCAAACAUCAUGGAGGACAUAUUACAGAGGCAUGCAUUCAUAAUUCGGUACGGGGGCGUGCCCGUGCCCCCGGUAGUUGACUGGCGCAAGCUGCUGUCAGCACCGGUCAACCAAAAACCCUGUGGCACAUCCUUCAGCAUCGCCAUAACGCAGGGGAUUGAGGCGUUGCUGGCCGUCGAGGCGGGUGCGCCUGUGAAGCCCCUGGCAGAGAUGCAGCCCGUGCUUUGUAGCGAGGACGUGCUAGCGGGCAAGGCCAACGCGACGACGUGCCCCAGCAGCGGUGCCGGCGGAUGGGUGGGCGACGCGUACACGUACGCCAUGCGUGUAGGGCUGGCAUCGCGGGACUGGUGGACGGAGGCAACAGGUCGCGAGCCGUUUGUGGAGCUGCUCAAAUGCCCCGUGCCGGCCCUGCGGAAGAAGCUCGUUGGCACUGCCAACGGCACUGCCAACGGCACUGCCGCAGACAUCACUCGCAUUGCUGGGUGGGAGACCGUACCCACAUCGGAGCAUGCCCUGGCGCAGGCGCUGGCGAACCAGCCCGUGGUGGCGCUGGUGCACGCCGCACCCGACUGGGCCGACUACGCCGGCGGCGCCGGAUCCAAAUCCGCAUCCGGAUCCGGAUCCGAGAUCCAGGUGUACGACGGGGCGUGCAGCAGCGACCCCGCCGACGCCAACCACGCCGUGCUGGUGGUGGGCAUGUACGCGGAUGCCUGGGUGAUCCGCAACAGCUGGGGCCGCGGCUGGGGCUACGGCGGUCACAUGUACCUGCGCCGCGGCGUCAACCGCUGCGGCAUUGCCAACCUCGCGACCUAUCCCGUCCUGCGCCCCGCGCCGGCGGCCCGGCCGGGCAAGCUGGCGCAACAGGCCGCUUGCUCCGCUGUUCAGGUGGUGCGCAACACAACGCUGCGUGCGGUGGCGGCCGCCGCGGAUGCGCCGCUGUACGACCUGCUGCGAGCCAACCCCCACGUGCUGGGGGGAGCGGACGCGGUCCUUGGCCCGGAGCCCACGACUGUCUUCAUCCCGCCGUGCACCCACGCCGUGCCCACCCCGCCUCCUGCCGAGGCUGCAUGUGGUCUGAGCUACACGGUGCAGCUCGCCGCAAACGCCAGCGGCACUGCUGCUGCUGCCGUCAUCGCUGGGCGCGAGGGCCAGCUCGGCAACCAGCAGCAGGGCCUCCGCCGCCGUCAGCUGCAGCUGCUGGAGGUGCCUGGCCUGCUGAUGGGAGGCGGCGCGAAUGAGGCGGCGGCAGCUGAGCUCCAGGUGCGAAUGGAGGCGCGGCGGGCGGCGCGGCGCGAGAUGCAGCGCACCCGGAGCGCCAGGAGGCAGCUCAUCAGCGGUGGGGAGCAGAAGCAGGACACCGCCGCGUCUGCGUCGUCCUCGCUGCCGCGGCUGCUGUUUGGAGAGGAGGAGGAGGAUCAGCUCAUCGCGUCAUUGCUGGGAGGAGGGGGAGGAGGCGGCAGCGCUAGCGACGCCGGGCAGCAGCAGGCACAGCGUGGCCGGGCGCUCCUGCAGACGGGAGGCACGGACGCGCAGGGCUGUCCUGCCAUCGAGGGCUACAGCUUCCUGCAGAGCGUGGACGUCAGGGCCGCCGGCAACGUGACCACCGUCAACAUGAACGACGACUUCUCCAUCUAUGAGAACGCCACACAGCUGGCCGCUCGCUGCUCCAAGACCUGCGAGUGCGCGGGCUUUGUGUCCAUUGAAGGCAUGUCCGGCUUCCUCAAGACCACGGUCGCGCCCGAGCUGCGCCGCACCUUCAACUGGAGCCCCUGCAGCGGCCUGUAUGUGCGCGAUUCGCCGUGCGGAGUGGCAGACUAUGGGAAUGCGGUGCCGCUGUUCCAGUUUGCGGCCGGCCGCAAGCCCGCCCCGGGGACGCCCCGUGCGGGCUAUGUGGUGGCGACCAGCAUGCCUCUGGAGAAGGCGGCGCAGAUUUGUCAGGACAUGCCUGGCCCCUGCGAGAUGUUUGGCGCCACAUCGGCGGGCCACGGCGUGUCAACCACCGGCAGCCCCAACUGGGUCUUCUUCUUGAGGCAGCAGUUCGUAACGCCUGACCAGCCCACCUACUACAACGGGAGUGCCUCAUUCCUGGAUGACUGGUCUCCUCCCCCACCGCCCCCUCCGCCACCGCCUCCGCCGCCACCGCCUCCGCCCCCCAAGGAUGCCGUUCGCAGCCCCCCUUUCCCGCCGCGGCCUCCGCCGAGCCCCGUGCCGCAAGGCAAGCGUGUGCCAGGCUACACAUAUUACCGCAUGUGGAUUUCCUACGACGACGUCGUCAGCGCCGGCUGGCUCAACCAGGCUCCCGGCGUAUCCAGGGCCGACCACCGCGCGACCGUGGCGGCCAUGUGUGCCGACGCCUACCCGCGCUGCAAGCUGUUUGACGGCUCCGGCAACAUGUACGGCUGGGAUGACGCCAAGCCCAUCACGGACGUACUUAUGCCGCUGUGGGACGACGCGGAGACGACCAUGGGCGUGUGGGUUUCGGAGCUGGAGCCCACCUAUAACCCGGAGGCCGCGAGCUGCCCGCAGGUGUCCGGCUAUGACUUCCACCCGCGCACCGACGUUGUCGCCUCCUCCGACAUCAGCAGCGUCGACUUGUUUGGAUACGGUUACGUCUUUGGCAUGCCGCCCCUGCAAGCCGGCCUGCAUUGCUGGAGCUACUGCGACUGCAAUGGCUUUGUGUUGCGUGGCAACACCAGCACUAUCAUUCCCGGCAGCUACAGGUCCAAUCCGGCCAUUUCGGUGCAAUUAAAAAUGACGGUGUUGCCACAGCUGCGAAUCAAGAAGGACACCUGGGGUUCUUGCGAGGGCCUGUACGUCCGCAGGGACCCCUGCGCCAGCACGACCACCUGCCCGAUGUUCGACGGCUACACCGUGCGCAUUGACUACGAGCAUUAUGGCGAUGACAUAACCCAGCACGCUAGCGCGCAGGAAGGCAGGGCCGACUGCGAUGGGCACCCGCGCUGCGCCGGCUUCACUUGGCGCCCCUCGAGCACGGGCGACGGCAGUGGAACCGGCUGGACCAAGAGGGCGGUAGUGCCCGUGUCGCCUCGCAUCGGCGCCUGCACCUACUCAAAGAUUGGCGGGGCCGCCUGCCCCACCCUGUCUGGCUACGACAUACAGAUUGACAUUGACGCAGUCGGCGGCAGCCUGGCGUUGAUCUCUGGCGGCAUCAUCGCUGCUCGUACCAACUGCACGGCAGACCCACGCUGCAAGGGAUUCAGCUGGUACACCGCCGGGCACGUGGCGCGCACCCGGGACAGUCUCGCCAACACGACGUCAUCUGCUGGCAACUGCGUCUACAUCAAGCGCACACCCUUUGUGGGCGCGGGCCAGCCGGUCCCGGGCUUCAACUACCUGCCGGACUCCAAGCCCUCCCUGUCCACCCAAUACCAGUGGUCCGGCUACAUUCCCGCGGACUCCGCCAACGCCUCAGAGGUCGCGCGCCUCUGCGACCGCAUGUAUCACAACAGCUGCGUCAUGUUCGCGGCGGUGCCAAACUUCUGGGCUGGUCCGGUCUGGGUGUUCAUGCGGACCCUGAGUCUGGUCACGGUUUCGGACCCAUACUUCAACCAGACCGUACAGCCACCGGGCGUCUACGUACGGGAGAACAUGCCUCCACAGCCACCCUCGCCACCGCCCUCACCCCCGCCACGCCCGCCGCACCCGCCGCGUCCCCCGCGGUCGCCGCCGCCGCCGAGACUGAAGCGGUUUCCACCUCCACCUCCCCCGCCGCCUCCCCCGCCUCCCCCUCCUCCACCUCCGCCUCCGAUCAACGAUGGCGCGCCACGGCCGCCGCCGUCCCCACCUUAUCCUCUUGGCCCCUAUUAUGAUGUCGAGGGUUACACGCUGGUUCGUGACGUCAUGCCGGGCGCGGGCGCGACGCUGCUGGGCAGCGUGUGGGGAGGCAGCUAUGACAACGAGUACACCGGGGCCCGGCAGGCCGUGAUAUGGCGGCUUGUGGCGGACGUGUGCGACAAGCUGUACCCGCGCUGCAAGAUGUUUGACCAUUCGGGCGCUAUGUACGGCUGGGAGGAGGACGGCGUUAUGAACUACGCCUACGCGCCCACCGGAUACUACAACUACUGGCAGAACUCUCUUGGCGAAACGUUUGUGAACGGCGUCUUUCUCUCCAACAAGUUGAACACAAGCCACAUCAGCAACGCCAAGCCGCCGCCCAGCCCCGCGCCCAGGCCGCCAGGGCCCGCGCCGCCGCCGCCAUACGUGUCGGAUUGGGGCCAGCCUCUGCCGAACUACGUGUUUGUGCCAAACGCCAAGCCCUCGCUUCGUGCCUACUACUCGUUCAACGCUGGCAACCUGCGGACCGACGCCGCAAGCCUGGUCGAAGUCGCCAAUCUGUGCGAACAGAUUGGCAACACAUGCAAGAUGCUGGCGCUUGUCCCCGCUAGUUGGUCGGGCUAUCAAUUUAUAAACAGCUUGGAAACCAUGACGAACAUCACAGACCGGAAUUACGACUACGGUCCGACGCCGGGAGUUUACCUCCGGCAGAACCUGCCGCCGGCGCCGCCCUCACCACCCUCACCCCCGCCAGCGCCUCCGUCGCCGCCACCGCGCCCAUUCCGCCCCCCUCGCCCCCCACCGAGCUCGCCGCCACCCUACCCUCCAGUGUUCUCUCCACCCCCGAACCCGCCGCCGCCGCCCCCGCCGCCGCCUCCGCCGCCGCCGCCGCCACCACCGACCAUGCCGAUGCCCAAUGCCCCACCACCCCCGCCGCCGCGCCCAGCCCCAGCCGGCUACCACAUCGACGGCUUCAGACUGGUGUACGACGUCUACCCGAACAGCGAAGCCGCCUGGCCGUCUGGCUACAUUGCCAGCUCCUUCAGGAACUCCACAGCCUUCCGCAACUACGCGCGCGUGUGCCUGAUCAUGGGCCCCGCCUGCAAGAUGUUUGACUUCAACGGAAACUUCUACACCUGGGACGAGCCGGCGCCCACAAAGCUGUGGUAUGGCCGGCCUCAGGAGGAAUACCAGUGGGGCUACGAGGUGGGACUCUACGUUCGGCUGCGGCAGCCGGCGGCGGGCGCACAGCUGCAACCGCCGCCGUCGCCACCUGCUACUGCGCCUGAGGACCAGCUGAUGCAGCCGCCGCCUGUGGAGGAGGAGGCGGCGGACGGCGGAGCGCGCCGGCCCCCGCGGCGCCCGCCCUCGCCCGCGCCGUGGGCGCCGCAGCUGCCGCCGGCCCCGCCCGCAGUGUCGUCUCUGAGCGCCCGUGACCUGGACUACCUCUAUAGCCGCCAGCGCAAGUUCAAAACCUACCUGGAGGCCGCGGCUGCGGCCUACGUGGACAGCUUCCGGCAGGCGACCUACAGCCUGCCGGCCGGCACCGCCCUCAAGCCCAGCCAGGAGGCCCCCGCCGAGCCCGCCACCGCCUCCGCCAUCAUGGUCAAUGGCCCCGCCAUGCCGCUGCUGGUGUCGGCGGCGGAUGACCAAGUCUAUAUGGCGGCGGCGGAGUACGGCAUGGGUCGGGUUGUGGUGCUGUCGGCGGAUGUUGUGACGCGCGGCGGCGCCAUUGCGGCGCGCUACCUGCCGCUGGUGAAGCACGCCGUGCUGUGGGCCAGCGCGGGCGCGGGCAAGGCGCUGGCGCCGCCGUACAGGCGCGUGGCGCUCGCGUACGACACCCCCGGGCUGCGGGCGCUUGCCAAGGUCCUGAUUUCUGAUGGUGUGGCCGCCACCGCCAAGUUCUAUGAUGGCAACGUGGUGGGGCCCCCGCCGCCGCCCCCAGCCGAGGUGCUGCUCCUCAACGCCAGCCGCUCCGGAUACGGCACCGACCCCGACUCCUGGCUCCGGGGCGGCGGCUAUUACAACACCAUCAACAACAACUUGGACACGUACAGCACAGGCGUGGUCGUCCUGGGCGCAGCCAUCCCGCCGCCCGCCUCCUACCGCCCCCUGUACGGCAGGCCGGUGCUAUUCGAGUUUGCGUUGAACCAGCUGCUGCUAAUGCGCGUCGGCUUGGCACUACAGAUGGACCAAACCAGCCUCACCGGGGCCGCCCCGGCCGCCGCCGCCUCGUCGCCCUCGCCCGCGCCCUCGCCGUCGGAGUUGCUGCUUGCCGCCUGGCCGCUGCCGCCCGCACAGCCCGAACCCACACCGCCGGCGGAGAAUGACAACGUCACGGUGGCGGCGCCGCCGCCGCCGCCGGCCGCCAAGCCGUUUGUACGGCCGCUGAUGUGGAACAUCCAUUACGCGCUGGUGACGGCGGCGUUGACCAAGGAAUCCCCGGACUACUGGGAGGUGGAGGCGGUGGCUAGGAGCUCGUUGGCCAAGUCGCUCAAGGCGUACAUGCAAAUCCAGAGCGGCUGGUAUUGGGUUACCUGGGGCCGCCUGGACAACUACCUCGCGGACGCCGGCUUCAGCUCGCCGCCGCCGCCAUCUCCACCACCAUCGCCGCCGCCGCCGCGCCCGCCGCCGCCGCCGCGCCCGCCGCGCCCGCCGCUGUACCUCCUCUCCGACCUGCAGCCCGCCUUUGUCCGCGCCCACACCCAGGUGCUCAACGGCACCCGCUCCACCAAAUACCCAGUUUCCGCCCUCGUCUCCGCAUCUGCAACAGCCGCUACUGCCGCCGGCGCUGCGGGUGCUACUGCCGCCGGCGGCGUCGAGCCGGUGCCCGCCCGCCGCCUGCUACUGCUGGAGCAGUCGUUCCCGCUGCUCACGGACCCGUACGGCGCACCGCUGACGGCGGCGGCGUCGUAUGGCGGCGGCCGUGUGUUGGUGGCGGGCCAGGCGGAGGUGUGGCGGGGCGAGGCGGCGAUGCAGAUGGCGGCGCUGGACUGGGUGGCGGGCGAGGGCUGGCGGCGGUACGCGCUGCGGGCGGACGACACGCCCUACCAGCUGCCGCUCAACGUGACCAUCCUGCCCGACUUCGGAGCUGAUAAGCUGCCCAAGCAGUCCCGGCGUGUGGUGCGGGUGACCACGUCACUCCAGCCGCUCACCAGCACCCAGCUAGCUCACCAGCAGGUAGUGCUGCUGUCCACCUCGCAGCAGCCGCUGGCGCCCGCCACUAUCGCCACGCUGCGCAAGUGGGUGUCGCGCGGCGGCGGUCUGGUGGUGGUCCACACAGAGCCGCGGGCGCCGGCGGAGGUGCCCUCGCCCACCCGGCAGCCGCAGGAGACCUGGGUGGAUGGCUACUCCUUCAACCAGCUGCUGGGGCCCAUGGGCAUCCUCAUCACGCCCACGCUGCUAGUGCCCCGUGUGGCGCCGGCCCCGCUGCAGGCGUCGCAGCCGGACGCCGGCCUACUGCUGGCCAACUCACACUUCGCGGCGCAGCGGCUGCUUGCGGCGCGACAGGACGCGCCGCUGCCGGCGGCCCAGAUGCGGAGGGCCAUGGAGGCGGUGCAGUUUGCGGAGCGGUCGCUCGGAGCCCAGGUGGCAGCCUUCCCGACCUUUGCCACCACCCUGUCUGCACUGCGCGCCGCCGCGGGGCCGUCGUCGCAGCCGCCCGCGGCAAAGGCAGACAGCGCCCCGCCGCCGCCCGCCAGCAGCCCGCCGCCGCCGGCGACGCCGCUUGGCGGCCUGGAUCCAGAAUCCAGCGUGGUGGGGCCACUGUACGACGCCUGGAUCCGGAGCCCCAUCACGGAGCCGCUGGAUCCAAUCAUCAUCGACUUUGCCGCCACCUGCCCGCCCCGCGCCUUCAUCACCCAGCUCAGCGGGAAGGCAUGGAGCACGGAGGACGCCCGCCUCACCGGAGCCAUGCGCAGCGGCCUCCUGGGACUGCUGGUCACGGAGCUGCGCCUUAACUGCUCCGACGGCUCGGUGGUUAAGGUCGGUUACCCCACCGCGCCCAAGCUCUACGCGCAGCUGACCGCGCCACUCGGCAACUCCACGGCCGCCGGCAAGGCGUCGUUCGGGGUGGAGUGGGCGGAGGCGCCCUGCCCUGGCGGCUACGACCGCGCCCGCGCCCGGCCGCAUGGCGGGGACGUGCGCAACCCGGUAAAGAGCAUCCAACUAUUCUUCAGGUGUCGUGACACGGGUGCGUGGACCAUGCUGACAGCCGGCAUCGGCGCCACAGCGGUCGCUCCGGAGCACGUGUCCCUCAUGGGCCCGGGCAGCGCCGCCGCGGCCGCCGCCUACGCCGCCGUCGGCAACCACCACGUGGGCUGGCUGACGGCCGACGCAGGGGCCGCGGCGGGCGAUGGAGCUAGCACGGCUGGCGGUGGUGCGGGCCGUGCCGAGAACGCGCUGCAGCAGUUUGCGGCGGCUGUGGACUUGGAGGCGACCCCGGGAGCCGUGGAGUGCCCAGGCGAUCAGGUGCUGGCUGGCUUCAGCGGCGCGCUGCUUGAGCCCGACCUGUACGAGUGGAGCUCCGCUGCCACCUCCGCCUCCUCCUCGGCCUUUCGCGCCUUCUUCCGACCCGAUGAGGGCCUGCUGCUCAACCCCGCACACACGUCGCUGCUGGCGGUGGAGGGCGUGCUGUGCCGCGCCGCGGCGGCAGCGGCCGCGGCGGCCUCGGCCGCGCCUGAGGCCGCGCGCAGCCCGGCGCCGGCGCCGACCAGCAACUCCACGGCGCCUGGCGGAACGGCAGGCGGGUCGUUUGUGGACCUUGCCUGUGGCCCCGGCGUCGCGCUGGUGGGCCUGCAAGCAGCCAUGUCAUCGGAGUCAGCAGCAGCCCAGCCGAAGUUGGACUACCUCGCUGUCCGCUGCUCGGAUGGAAGCGUGGUCAGCAUCGGGGCGGUCAUCAGCGGCCCCAAGACCCUGCUCGUGGACAGCUCGUGCGGCGGCGGCUACCGCGCAGUCAAGGUGGCGGGCGCCGGCGCGACAGCGUCCGGCAACGGCACCGCGCGUGUCGGCAUGGGUGGCGCCUUUGCGCUGCGCUGCGGCGAGGGCGGCAGCCCCAGGUCCUGGACCCGGGUGGGCCCCGCAGUGCUGCCGCUUACGCCGCCUGCCGCGCCCCUGACUGCCAGCGAGGCGCUUGCCAACGCGGCCGAGGUGGCGUGUGCCCACGGCUCAGCCCUCACACGGCUGCGCGUGGGCGUGGCGGCUGGCGGCGCCGACGGCACGCCCGAGUCCAUCACCGAUGUGGAGCUCCACUGCGGCCCCAGCAGCACUGACUCCGCUUCCGGCGACCAAAGCCUCACCGACCUCGCUGCCAGGUACGGCAUCACGCUGGCCGAGCUCCUUGCCGCCAACGCCGGCGGGCGGCCGGGCCCGCAGCGCCUCAACGGCACCAGUCGCCUGUCCGACCUGAAGGCCGGUGCGGAUGAAAGCGCGGCAGUGGUGGUGGUGCCGCAGCCUUGCGGCGUGUCUCCCUCGCCACUGCCGGCCACAAGCACAGUGGCCAAGUGCGGGUACUGGUGGCCGUCGAACGCCGACGAGCGCGACGCGUCAGCUGCCGGCAACGUGACGUGCGGUUGGCUUGCCAGCCUCUUCCUCAGCGGCCAGUACCGCGCCGUUGCGACGCUCAGCCGGUGGAACGGCGGCGUGUGCCCCACGGCUGACACGGUGCUGGGCGCCGGACUCCGUCUGUGCGUGGGCAUGGCGCCACCCCCACCCCCGCCUGCACCGGCCCAGUCGUUCGCCCCGCCCGAUGAGGAGCAGGCGGCGCCGCCGCCGCCGCCUCCGUACGGCGGACCCGCCUACGGCGGCGGGGACACACCAGCCACUGGGCCUUCCUACGGCGGAGCCGCACCGGAGGCCAGCGCGCCGCCGGAUGCAGACGGCGGCAGCAGCGGCGGCGGCGGCAGGCGGCGCGGGCUGCGGUGGUGGUGGAACACGCCGCCUCCCUCGCCGCCGCCGCGCCUGUGCACGAGCUCGGUGGUGGUGGCAGUGGGCGACUCGUGUGACCUCAUCGCGGCCACUCACGGCGUGGACGUGCUCGACCUCAUCACCUCCAACGACCUGGACUGUGCGGAGCUCAAGGUGGGCUCGGAGCUGUGCCUGCCAGCGCCCGCCCGCGACAUCGCCGCCGCCCUCGACCUGUCAGACCUGGCCGCCAUCAACGUCGUCGCCAGCGCCGCCGACAUGCUCGAGGCCGCCGACCCCAGCAGACACGACCCGCCGGUGCCGCCCAGCCGCCCGCCCGCCCUCUGGAGCCCCCCGCCCGCCCGCCGCCGCGCCCGCCCACCACGCCCGCCGCCGACCCUGCCCGCGCCCCGCACGCCGCCCUCGCCGCCCUCGCCGCCGCCAGCCUACCCCUCCCCCGACGCACCGGCGCCGCCGCCGCUGCCGCCGCCGCCCGCGCUGCCCUCCUACCCGCCGCCAUCCUCCUCCCCGCCGCCGCCCGUGUACGGCACGGACGGCGGCGACAGCUGCCGCGUGCCCAACCGCUGCGGCCCUGCGCCCAACCGCUGCCUCGACACCACGACAGGGAGCUACGAGUGCGCGUGCGCGGCCGGGUUCGUGCUUCGUGCCGACGGCGCCACCUGCGUUCCCCCCACCGAGAACGUGGCGCUCCGCAAGCGCGCCUUCUCGAGCUCGGUGCUGCGUGACGGCAGCUCGCCCGACUGGGCACACCUGCCGCACUGGGCGGUCGACGGCGACGUGGCCUCCGCCUUUGCGUCGGCGGAGGACGGCUCUGACCCGGCGCCCUUCUUGGCCGUAGACCUGGGCCGUAGGUACGGCUUGGGCCGUGUUGAGGUCACAGGUCUGUUGAGAUCCGCGGCUGUGUACGUCACGGACAUGUCUGUGGCGAGUGCCGUGGACUGGGCGGCGGCGCAGGCGGCCCCCGGCGGCGUGCGGCUGUGCUGGCGGCAGCCGAGUAAGGGGCGCGCCGCCAGCAGCUACGGCUACUCGUGUGGAGGCGGCGUCGAGGUGGUGGGGCGCUGGGUGGUGGUUACGGACGAGCGCGCGCCGCCGCAGGGGCCUGCUGCUCUGCAUGUGGCGGAGCUCCGCGUGUUCGGCACCCGUGCCUGAGGAGCACCUGACAGACUUACGCCUAAGCACAGGAUGCAAAGGCUUUGGGGUCUGCUGCAAGCUAGUUGCAAGGCCCAGUAUCCAUGCGCGCAGUUGGUUGAUUACGUGCGCGUAAGGUAAAUUUAAAUUGGCGGCUUUCAAUCCUGUUAAGUGUUGUCCGUUUAUAGGUAGCGUGCACAUGCAGAAGCCGCAUGUCGAUGGUGCCUGGCGUGUGUUGCCCGUUGCAGAUUACAUCAGUCGUAGGCAGGGUGGUGAGAUGGUCGAUGCUCUCGUAGAACUGAUCACUGGACGACGUCACUGAAUGCAUUCAUGAAUUUACUUGAUGAGCUCAAUGAGUGUCAGCUCAAUCUAUCGAGCCCGUGGGCUCAACUGGGUUCCGCCACGUGGUUCAGCCUCUCAGCAUGCACUGCACGCUGUGGUGUCCCGCCCAGCCGUUUACCUACCGCACUGUUGGCGGUCCGUGUUACAACCGCUUCUUCGAUAAUAAGCCU